GGCAGAACGGCCGGGGACAGCGUCAGUAACUCCGUGCAUCGGGUUGUCUUGGUUACCGCCGCCUCCCGAUGACGUCAUCCUUCAGGCGUCCCAUCCUGACCGGAAGUUCCACGCAGCUCCUGGAUUGAGAAUCCCGGCAUGGGUACGCUAUAUAGGUUUGAAUAGUAAAAAGCAGAAUGGCAGACACUCAGAAUGGGACACAUACAGGUGGUGAUAGUACUGACGCUGGAUCGUAUUCGUCUAGCCAGCAGUAAGUGUUGUACUGCAUGCACAUUACACCUCAUUCAUUUCAGAAUACAUCUAAAGGGUGGUAUGACAAAGGAGCUGGAGUCUAAGUUAGCUCAUAAAUUCUCAUACAAAAUGGAUUAUCCAGAAAUUGGAUUAUGUGUUAUUGUCAACAAUAAGAACUUUCAUCCAUCCACAAGAAUGGGAAUGCGCAACGGAACUGAUGUGGAUGCAUCCAGGCUUCAAAUAACAUUCAAAUCUUUUGGAUACAAAGUUCAGAUUUACAAUGAUCUAAGAUGUGCUGAUAUCUUUGGGCUCUUGAAAAAAGUGUCUCAGGAAGACCACAGCAAUAGAAGUUCCUUUGUGUGUGCCCUUCUGAGUCACGGAGAGGACGGCUUGCUGUAUGGAGUAGACGAUUCUCUGCCUAUUAAGCGUCUCACAACACUUUUCCGUGGUGAUCGAUGCAAGACCUUGGUUGGAAAGCCAAAAUUAUUCUUCAUCCAGGCUUGCAGGGGUACGGAGCUUGACCCAGGCGUUGAAACAGACAGUGGAAGUGACUCAUCCCAUGAAGAAACGUAUAAAAUCCCAGUUGAAGCAGAUUUCCUAUAUGCCUAUUCUACAGUUCCUGGCUUCUAUUCCUGGAGAAAUACAAUAAACGGCUCCUGGUUCAUCCAGUCAUUAUGUGAGAUGCUGAAAUUACAUAGCCGUCAUCUGGAACUUGUCCAAAUACUAACGUGCGUGAAUCACAUGGUGGCUUUGGAAUUUGAAUCCUGUUCAAACCAAAUAGACUUCAAUGCAAAAAAACAGAUCCCAUGUGUGGUUUCCAUGCUCACCAAGGCACUUUACUUUCCAUAAGAAGAUCCUGAAAUCUCCUGCAUGAUACUGCAACCCACAACAUAUACAUCACCCAUUCAGUCCAUUCAGAGAAUGCAGAAAUGGGAAUCUUACACUCCAACAGGGGCAUAUUAGCAUGGAUAAUGCAGCGAAGUCUCAUGGUCGCAUCAACAGAUCUAAUGUUUAGUUUGAGAAAGGGAAUAGGCAAAAUAAUGAUGCAAAUAGCAAAUGUGAGCGGCGGCAGUGCAGGGGUGAGGAUUAGUUUUGCCCUAGAAAAUGAUUCUGUACAUUCUUGUCUGUGUGAUGCAUUUUGUUGCUCUUUUCGUGUGUGCCUUUUGUAGUCUCUUUUUUCCCCAUGCAUUUUUUACAAUUACAAAAUGAACUUUUCAUAUUAUGUACAAAGGUUCUGUGUCUUAUACAAUAUAGUUCUAGAAUAACUUAUCCAAAGCUUAGAAUGCUUUGUUGAAUCAGGGAACAUAAGUUAUUUUCUAGUUCUAAUCACCACUGAAGACAGAUUUUAUAACCCUGGUGCGCAAGUACUUGAAAAGGUGGUGUUAAAUACCUGGUACAGAUUAGUAGGGACAUGUAGUUAGAGUUGUUGUAUAUUGUGCUAAAUUCGUAACUUAGUGAUUGUAACUAAACCUUAGAACUGCUUUGUGUCAUAGUCCUCCACAUUGUUUUUGUUUCAGUUUCAUAUCUCUUUGUGUAAGUCUUGUUAUUAUAUAACAAUAUACAACAGAGUAGUUAAAUAAUGUAACGGCAAACAAACUAUAGUAGUACAAGACUGGUUAGGUUUGUGUGAACGCCGGUCACUAUACCGAUGCCAGGAUCCCGGCAUUUAGUUGGCUGGCGGGGGAAGGGGGGCGCAAUGGAGCACAUUGCGGGCUUGGAGGCUCGCUGCGCUCGCCACAGGUUCUUUUCCCUCUCUAUGGUUCUAUUCCCGCUAAAAGCCAGGAUCCCAGCGUCAGUAUAGUGACCGGCGUUCACACGAACCCAACCAGUGGGAAUAGUUCCUGUUGGUCGUCAUGCCAACCGGCGGGCUAUUUGUGUGUUCGGGAUCCCGGCAUCUGUAUUAUGACCGGCGGUCUCCCGACCACCGGGCAACAUAACCGCAUUCCAUACAAGACAAUAGAAACCGUAUUAAUAAAACAACUGAGAAUAUAUAACAAACGUCACAAUUUUUAAUAUAAAGCAAGACCUGUUUAACACAGUGAUCAGAUCUUCUCUGCAAAAGCAAAUGACUGCUACUAUACUUUGUUUUAAACUGUAGCAUGUAACUAAGGUUUAGCUGACGUCUACACACAGUGCCUGAGAUGAACUAAUGGAAAAGACAAUACAGUCAACAAGUGAUUUUUGGGUUCUAUUUUAUUAGGGGAAAAAAUCAUUUUAAAUUUUGUUUUGUUAUGUAUGUAUGUAUCUAUCUGGUAGACCUCUAAUUCAGCCUUUUGUGACUGAAUGCCAUGACCGUGUCAACUCUGGGACUAAAAUCCCAGAUAGACAACUUAAAGAGGAGAUCUGAUGACCGAAUUGUAACACUUAUAAAAAUAAUAUAAGAUAGUUUUAAUAUUUUUGUCACCUGGAUUUCCACACUGUGUAUGCAUAUUAUAUUACAAAUAACAAGAUGGCUUAUGUAUGUUACAUGUACAUUAUUUUGUGUGUAAUAAAAGAUGACGUGACCCGUUUGCAAAUAAACAAAACUUAUAUGACCUUGUAAAGCGCUAUAUAUAUAUAUAUAUAUAUAUAUAUAUAUAUUUUGCAUAUAGUGUGGAGCAAACAAUAAAUACAUGAUUUAAAAAUGAAUGUUAGGAAUAGAAAGUGGUUUAUUGAAGACUAUGGGCCAAAUUCAGUUAGCCUUGGUCAGAUAACAGCAGGCUGUAAUUAACGUGGAUUUCUGUUCAAGUCGGUGGAGUCUCAAACAGAAAUCCACAUAAAAUGCCCUGAUUGGGGUGCUGCAAACCUGUUAACCUUUAGGUCUGGGAACUUAUCCCAGUUUCUAUGGGAUAAUGCACGUUAGCAGGUAAUUUACCAUGUGAGGAAAAGGCGCUGUAACUGAAUAGCCCCAGGUGUAAAAGCCUAAACAUCCCUCUCCCUGGUGUGGUAAAUUACCACUGAUAAUUGAAUUCGGCCCUUAUGGUUUGAUGUGUCAA